AUGAGUGAAAAAGUUCGAUUCCUGACUCUAAUCCGCCCUCUUAUGUGUGUGCUUCCAGAAGUCAGCAACCCCAUGAGAAGAGUGCAAUUCCGAGAUAAGCUUGUAUGGACUGCAAUCACCUUAUUUAUCUAUCUAGUCUGCUGUCAAAUUCCUUUAUUCGGUAUCUCCACUUCAAGCAAUGCAGAUCCACUCUAUUGGGUUAGAGUAAUUAUGGCUAGUAAUAGAGGAACUUUAAUGGAAUUAGGGAUUUCCCCAAUUGUCACGUCCAGCAUGAUCAUGCAGCUUCUCGCAGGAUCAAAAAUCAUUGACGUCGACCAAAGCCUGAAAGAAGACAGGGCACUAUUCCAAGGCGCCCAAAAACUCUUUGGGAUGCUCAUCACAAUUGGAGAAGCUGUAGCCUACGUUGUUAGUGGAAUGUAUGGGAAUAUUUCAGACAUUGGAGCAACGACUGCAAUUUUGAUCAUUAUUCAGCUGUUUUUGGCAGGAGUUAUCGUUAUUAUUUUAGAUGAAUUUUUACAGAAAGGGUAUGGACUUGGCUCAGGGAUUUCUUUAUUUAUAGCUACAAAUAUAUGUGAGAAUAUCGUAUGGAGAGCGUUUAGCCCCACCACAAUUACAACAUCUAGAGGAAUGGAGUUUGAAGGAGCAAUUAUCGCUUUAUUCCACCUCUUGAUAACCAGAACUAAUAAAAUCCAAGCUCUAAAAGAAGCUUUUUACAGAUCCAAUGCCCCAAAUAUCAUGAAUUUACUUGCAACAGUCUUUAUUUUCUUAGUCGUAAUCUAUUUCCAAGGCUUCAAAGUAGAUUUGAGCAUCCGCUCAUCAAAAGUUAGAGGACACCAAGGCACUUAUCCGAUAAAGCUUUUCUACACUUCAAACAUCCCUAUUAUACUGCAGACAGCCUUAGUAUCAAACCUUUAUUUCUUCUCACAAAUUCUUUAUCGUAGAUAUAGAACUUACACCUUGGUUUGGCUUCUUGGACAAUGGCAAGACUUAGAUCAAGGAUACUCAAUCCCUGUAGGUGGACUUGCCUAUUAUAUUUCUCCACCGAGAGAGUUUGGAGAUAUUGCAGCUGACCCAAUUCAUGCCUUAGUUUAUGUCAUUUUUGUCCUGUCCUCUUGUGCAUUGUUCUCAAAGACUUGGAUUGAAGUAAGUGGAAGCUCUGCAAGAGAUGUAGCAAAACAGCUGAGAGACCAACAAAUGUUUUUAGAAGGACACAGAUAUGAAAGUAUGGUGAAAACAUUGAACAGAUAUAUACCAAAUGCUGCAGCUUUUGGAGGAAUGUGCAUUGGAGCACUUACUAUUGUGGCAGAUUUACUGGGAGCUAUUGGAUCUGGGACAGGAAUUUUGUUGGCUGUCACUAUUAUUUAUCAAUAUUUUGAAGCUUUCUAUAAAGAGAAACAGGAAUCAGGCGGAGUCUUUCUAUUUUAA